AUGUUACGUGGUCGUUUUGAGUCCCAAAAUAAAGUACAAGAAAUUACCAACAUCCAAGAAGAACCUGCAUUGACAGUGCUAGAAGUUGAUGAAGCUGUAAGCAUAAAAAAAAGGAUAUAUACCAAGACCUCAAGAACAACAAUUUGGCGACAAAACAAAAAAGAAUACCAGAAAGAAAAAGUCAAAUCAAAUAAUAUACCAUUGUUGCUUAAUGUUAAAGCAUCAAGUAAUGUAUCAUUACUCAAUAUUAAAACAUCGAGUAAUAUACCAUUACUCAAUGUUGAAACAUCGUGUAAUAGUAGAUUACUCAAUGUUGAAACAUCAAGUAAUCUACUAUUACUCGAUGUUGAAACAUCGAGUAAUCUACCAUUACUCGAUGUUGAAACAUCAUGUAAUAUACCAUUAUUACUUGAUGAUGAAACAUCAGCAAAUAAUACAUCACCA